AUGGGCUCUCAAAACUUUUUCUCUGUGGUGGCCAAGAAUAUUGAUGUCCUUGUUGGGCCCGUGAUUGCUCUUGUGUAUCCUUUAUAUGCUUCAAUCAAGGCUAUAGAGACCAGGUCUCAAACAGAUGACCAACAAUGGCUCACUUAUUGGGUUCUCUACUCAUUGAUCACUCUCUUUGAGCUUACAUUUUCCAAACUUCUUGAAUGGUUCCCAAUCUGGCCAUAUGCUAAGCUUUUUGCUACCUGUUGGUUGGUACUGCCAUACUUUAAUGGAGCUGCUUAUGUUUAUAAGCAUUUCAUCAGACCAUUUUACAGAAAUCCACAAGUUCACAUAUGGUAUUUACCGCGAAAAAAAAGUAUUUUCAGUAAACCAGAUGAUGUGCUAACUGCUGCAGAGAAGUAUAUUGCGGAAAAUGGACCCGAAGAGUUUGAAAGGCUUAUAAGCAGGGCUGAUAGAGAAGCAAGAUCAAGGAGAGGAGGCUACACCAUAUUUGAUGAUAAUUAUGGAUAUUAAUUUGCUUAAUUAACAUCUGUUGCAACAUUAUCCUUUGCAAAAGAUUGCAUUCCUCAUAAAGUGUCUUUGUUUAGUAAGGGCAAUCCCUAUGUGAGAACUAAAUUUGACGAGGUUAUAGCAAAUGUUUUGUAAGACA